CAGAACACGUGUUUUGUCAUGUUUCAUUUAAGUAGUAUUUCCGUUGUGGAAGAGAGCCCUGUAUAAAUCUGUCAUAUGUCAAGAAUAAACACUUUAGGAGGCUAAGAGGGGCUGUUAUUAUUAAUAUAAAGAUUUGUUUUGUUUAACCUUCACAUGAUCACCGAGUGUAAGGUUUCAUCCGAAGCUGGACAGGACUCCUUUAGGUGAAUAUUGGGAGCCGACUCUUUAAGUCCACAGUGUCCAUGUUAUCAUGCCCCAUGGGGUUUCGCCUUCUUGCUUCCUGAUACUGUACGGGUCCCAAAAAGGUCAAGCACAGUCUAUAGCCGAGCAGCUCUCAGAUCAGGCCGCCGAGCAUGGCUUUGAAGCAGAGGUCAGCUGCCUGAGCAAGGAGGACAAGUACAACUUGGAGAAAGUGCACAGCCCUGUGGUUUUUGUUGUUUCCACGACUGGAGAUGGUGAACCUCCAGACACAGCGCUGAAAUUCGUGAGGAAGAUCAAGAAGAAAUCUCUGCCCCGUGAUCACUUCUCUCAUCUGAACUAUGCACUGUUAGCUUUGGGGGACACCAAUUAUACAAAUUUCUGCAAUUGUGGAAAAACCAUUGACCGCCGUCUGCAGGAACUGGGCGCAAAUCAUUUCUAUGCAACUGGUCUUGCUGAUGAUGGUACAGGGCUGGAAGUAGUGGUGGACCCGUGGAUUGAUGGACUUUGGGACGCUCUAAAGAAGAUAUUUACCAAAAUGUCCGACUCUGAUCUCAUUAGUGACAAUUCUCUAAACAGUACUCAUCAGUCACUAACCAUUCAGGAGAAACUCGAGUCGUCUGCACAAAGCCUCCAACUGCUGGAUAUUAGCGAUGCAGAUGGAGGAAAAUCCAAACCGGAAUCCGAAGCCGAGAGCCAUGAUGCGGAAAAUCCUUUGGAGGCGUCUUUGAAUCGAUCCGUCGCUCCGCUCUCUCAGUCUUCACUGAGCAUCCCUGCACUUCCUCCAUCUUUCCUGGAGUUGUGUUUGGGAGAUGUGCCUGCUGGAGAGGAAGAAGGUCACGUUGUUGCACAAGACUUUCACGAAGCGCCGAUUUCAAGAGCACUCUGUUUAACUCGAGAUGAUGCAGUGAAACCGGUCAUCCUGCUUGAGCUCGAUAUCAAGGAUAAGAAUAUCUCAUACGAGCCGGGCGAUGCGUUCGACCUCCUCUGUCCAAACAGAGACAAGGAAGUGGAAGAUUUGCUUCACAGACUGGGGCUACAUGACAAAAAGAGUCAUUCUGUUCACCUGCAGCUGCUGAAAAACACUAAAAAGAAGGGAGCACGAGUACCUGCCUACAUCCCAGAAAAGUGUACACUACAGUAUCUUCUGACCUGGUGCUUGGAGAUAAGGAGUAUACCCAAAAAGGCUUUUUUGCGAUCUCUGGUGGACUACACACAGGAAACUCGAGAGAAAAGGCGUUUGCAGGAGUUGUGUAGUCGUGAGGGAGCUGCAGAUUAUGACAGAUUUGUGAGAAACCCCAGCGCGUGUAUACUGGACCUUCUGCGUGUUUUUCCAUCCUGCAUGCCUCCUCUCAGCCUCCUCAUCGAGCAUUUACCGAAGCUGCAGCCGCGGGCGUACUCCGCCGCGAGCUCCAGUCUGUGCCACCCUGGAAAGGUCUGCAUUGUAUUCAGCGUUGUGGGGUUUCCAGCAUGUGCUGAGCAUCAGCAGAGGACAGGAUUGUGUACAGGCUGGCUAGCGGAUCGUGUGUCGGCCAUCAUCGAGCCCUACGGGACCGAACAGGCUUCACGAGAGAGUGUAGAUUUUGCUGCCUUGCCCAAGGUCCACAUUCGUCCUCGUCUCAACAACACCUUCCACUUGCCCUCUGACCCCACAGUUCCCGUGGUGAUGGUAGGACCAGGGUCAGGUGUUGCACCCUUUAUAGGGUUCCUUCAGCAAAGGGAAAAGGAGCGAGAGAGAAAUCAGGACAGUGCUUUCGGUGAGACUUGGCUUUUCUUCGGCUGCAGACAUAAAGACAGAGAUUUCAUCUUCAGAGAGGAGUUGGAGAGGUUUGUGGAGAACGGAACACUGAACCAUCUGAAAGUGUGUUUCUCUCGAGCUGAGCCGGACACAAACGAUUCGGAACCCAAACCCAAAUAUGUCCAGCAUAACCUAGCCCUUCAUGCCGAGUACGUCACUCGCAUUCUGCUCAAAGAAAACGGCUUUCUCUACGUCUGCGGAGAUGCAAAGAACAUGGCAAAAGACGUGAACGAUACUCUGAUGGAGAUCAUAGGGCAGGAGCUUCAGCUGGACAAACUGGAGUCUAUGAAGACUAUUGCUAAACUGCGAGAGGAGAAACGAUACCUGCAGGAUAUUUGGAGCUAAAGUUUCUGGGUUUGAUUUUGAAUCUCGUUGGUGGCUAGAUUAAUCAUAUAUACAUUAAGUAUAUUAACAUUUCAAAGGACUAUCCCAAACCAGACAUACAUGCCUUUUGUUAUCACGGCAACUGCCUUAUACAUUGUCGUGUUUUAGGAUGUUGCCAUGUUGCUGUUGUGUAUCGACACGUACAAUUCUGCCUUAAUCUCAGGUCCACAGAAUGCUUUCCAGAAAAUGCUGGACACUGAUGCAUUGAAGGUCCAUGGUAAUAUUUUAUUAUUUAAAUAUCAAAUUAUAUUGUAGACCAGACAGAACAGCCCGUGCCUUUUAAGCAUUUUAACGACUGACAGUGACGUCUUCUGAUUCAGAAUUUAUAGGAUAUAUAAUAUAGCCUACGUGGAUGUAACAAAACAGAUAUUGACACAUUUAUUCCAGAUGUGUAGAACAAAUAUUGAACAGGACAGAUUGUGGGAAUACCAUCAGUUCCCAUCUGUUUUUUUUGUUGUUUUUUUUAAUCCAAAUUUGGUUUUAGACAAAUGCGUAGUUCAGAUUCAGCUGUGGUUUCUUGGUCUAUUUUAAAAUCCCUCUCAAUGCUGCACUGAUCUUUUUAUCCAUUACAAAGUACACGUUUCCACUUCUGGUAAUGUACGUGACGAGUCUUUUUUGCGGAGAAUAAAGUCAUGAAACAAGUCA